GCCACCUCGCGGCACCUUGCGCCGCACGAAAUUCGCAAAAGUCGACGUUCCAUUUAGGCCAAUUUAAUAUCCUAUAUUAUCCUAGUUAGUUAGUUAAUCUUAUAACCGUCAUGCUGGACAACGACACCAGCAACAACAACAACUGCAACCCACAGAAGCUGCCGCUGGGCGACCUGAAAUUCGCGCUUUCUGGCGAGGAUGGGGUGCGCAGGCAUGUUCCAGCUUUGGACGAGCACUGGGUGCGUCGCGAGAAGCCCUUUGGCAGCUACAUCUGCCUGAUGAGCUCCUAUGGCCACCUGAAAUCCGGAGCAGCGCUGGAGGAGUGGACAUUUGCGGCCAACAACUGCCGCCAGGACAUGGAGUUCCUGCUGAGCCUGAGCCAGCAUGAAUUCUGGUCUUAUAUGGUCUACGAGGAGUCCGCCAUGGCGGCCAUUGUCACAUUCCUGCAGCGCGCCAAUCCCUAUUACAGGCAGCCCGAAGCUAGCCGGGAUUCGGAGCUGGAGGCGGCUUAUCUGCUCUACAACCAGCUGCUCGAUCUCGUCGUGCGUUUGGUCAUGCGCCUGUGCACCGGCGAGGAAUCGGACUCCGAGUGGAUCAGCCCGCAGCAGCAUGGCAGUUUGUUGUACAGCAACUACCUGAUCUCGGUGCCCAUGCUCUGCGAUCUGCUCAUUGCCGUGGGCGAUGCGGAGGCCACCAAUGUGGAGCUGCUGAGGCAGAUAUUCGAGAAGGUGCUGCGCCUGCAGCCGGAGUACCGGAAGGACAUGAAGGAGGCGCUGGUUUUCUACGAGAGCGCCUUCCUCAGCAUGCAGAUCCAGGUGGAGAACGAGGGAUGCGAGGGAGCGGGCGGAGGAGCCCCGCUAGAUGCCGAUUUGGAGACGCCCUACGACGAUGUGGUGCUCUUCGCCUUGGACUGCGCCUACACGCUGCGCCUGCUGCUGCUUCUCUGCCCGGAGCUGCUGGAAACCAUCGAGCAGCUGCGUCUGGCCCAAAGCAUUGCCAACUUCUAUGAUCUGACCGUGCCCAUGCUGUACAAGAACAUCUAUAUGGUGAAUCCGGGGGCCAGCUCACUGCGUUGGCUGAAUGAGACGCGCCAGCAGUUCCUCUUCGUCGUCCGUCGCCUGGUUAGCCUGCAAAUGGAGGCGGGACGCGGCCAGCAGCUGGUGGAGCUGCUCCAGGAGUGCCUGUCCGCCCAGAACUUUGUGGUCGACUACCAGCGACAGUUUCCCCUGGAGCACGACAUGGAGCUGCUGCUCCAGCGCUGCCCGAAUAUCAAGAACUACAAGGUGGACUUUGUGAUAGCCGGCUACCAGAAGGCGCUGAGCAGCUGCCCCGGCGGCAUCAUGGCCGACGACAUGGUGAGCAACCAGGACACCGAAGAGGAGGAGGACGGGGAGUUCGAGGACGAGGACUCCUCGCGCACAUCGCCACAGGAGUCGACGGCGACGGCCAAUGGAGGAGCCGCUAGAGACCUCGACCUGGAGGUGACCGCCGUGCUGGACGUGCUGCCCGAUUUGGGCAGGGGCUUCAUCCGGCGCCUGCUGACCCGCUACGAGAACAGCGAGCAGGCCAUUGCCGCCAUUCUGGACGACAAUCUGCCGCCGGAUCUGGCGCAGAUGGACCGGCAGGAGGUGUACGUUCCGCCCGAUCCGCAGGACAAGCAGCAACGCCUGACGGGCCUGCGCCACUACAACGUUCACGAUGGCGAUCGCUACGAUGUGCUGACGCGCGACCAACCGGAGUGCAUCAUCAAGCAGGGUAAGGGUUUGCCCGGAGCGCCGCGCAAUGCGGAGCAGCUGCUGGAUGAUAAGAGGGAUUUGGAGAAGCUAAAGGAGCGCUACCAGCAGUACGCCAUGGUGGAGGAGACGCCGCUGGAGAGCGGCGAGUAUGACGAUGAGUACGACGACAGCUACGAGGCGUUGAACGAGGGACAGGCGCCGCCAGUCAGUUUGCUGCGCGCCAGACUCCAGGGCGCCGCCUCGAAUUCCGCCUACGAGGCGCAGGAUCAGGUGGAGGACGACGAGGAGAGCUCCGGCAGCGGUUCAGACACGGAACCGGCGAAGCGCAACAACAGGGACUUUUGCGAGAAUCCCGAGGUGAUUCGCGCUCGCUACCAGCAGCGUCAGAUGGCCAAGUACGGCCAGAGAAGCGGAGGAGGAGGAGGAGGAGGUGGUGGAGGUAGUUCCGGAGCUGGACAACAUUCCAAUCCCUCUGUGGUGGGAGCUCCCAAGGGGCAGGGCCAGUCGCAGCAAACGCAACGCAACCGCGGCCAGAAGGAGGCCCACAAAUCGUCGCGUGCCAACCACAAUCGCAAGGCGGGAGCGGCCUUCAAGCGCAGCAAGGGAAUGAUGGGUUAGACCAGGCGAAAGAAGCUUACAAAAUAAACGUAUUUAUACUUAG